CACCUCAAACGGCAUGGUUUGGGACAUCCUGUCAGUCUGCGGCUGGCCGGUUGCCGGUAGUAGAGACGAAUCAUCAAACCCACCACCACGUGUCACGCUCGUCCAAGAGCAGUCCGGAGUCGAUGGUAGCUUCCUGCUAGCGAUGCUGAUGACAAAUCAUCUGAAGCGAAGCGCGGACAAUCACGUGCUACUGUUGGCAGCAAAUCAUAACGCCGCACACUAUACGGCCGCAUGUCAGAAGCUUACGUUUAACACCGCAUCCGCCAUACAGACGGGACAUUUGUGUAUCGUCGAUGUACUAUCGGAACUGUAUACCAGCGGUGGUAGCUUGGGUGGACCCGAACUGAUGCAGCUUAUCAGCGGUCGGCUAUCAGAACACAGCAAAAGUAACAACACACUGCUUAUCGUGGACGAUCUUACAUUCUACAGCACGCUGCAUUUGGACGACGGAGAAAAUGCAGUGAUCGAUUUUAUCGAACAGCUACUCACCACGACCGCCCACGAUCACUUCGUGCUGAAGGUAAAUGUUUCCGAAUGCUACGAACGGUUGUGCACGUUUCUGAACGAUAUGGCCGAUGUAAUGGUUACCCUUGGCCCACUGCCGUCCGGUAGUUUCCGCGAGCUGGACGGUAUCUUAACGGUGCACCGCAAACAACCAUCGUACCCGCUAAUGUCCGCCGUUCGCGAACAGUGCAAAACGUUGCUCUACAAAGUGCAUGAUCGAAUGGUACGUACCUAUGUGCACGGUGAGGUAGGAAUAAAAAAUCUUUAAA